ACCCACACAUUGUACCUGCACCAUGGAGCCUCCGCUUGGAGUUACGCUGCUUUUGAUUCUGAUGAUAACUUCAUCAGCUCAGAGCUGUACCUGUGUGACCAAUAAAUGGACAGUAUGUGACCAGGAUGCAUCUGGCAACUGCACCUGCAAGCUGGUAGGUUCAGAUCAUACAGUCGAUUGUUCAACGCUGACUUCAAAAUGCUUGCUGAUGAAGGCAGAAAUGACUGCUGUGAAGCUCUCCUACAGACCUUGGGUUAAGCUGCUGGAUGGUGGCAUUUACAAUCCAGAAUGCGAGGACAGUGGUAUCUUCAAAGCCAGACAGUGUGAUGAAGCUGGUACUUGCUGGUGCGUGAACACUGCUGGAAUAAGAAGAACUGGAAGAGGUGACAAAAAUUUGAUAUGCAAUGAACUGAUUCGAACAAACUGGGUCGACAUUGAACUGAAGCACAAAGAAACAUCCCAUUACUUCGAAGCUCUUGAUGUAGCAGAAGCCCUGACACACCUGUUUGAGAACCGAUACAAACUGCAACCCAAAUACAUCGCAGCUGUUAAGUAUGAUUCUCCAUUUAUCCAAAUCCAUCUAAAACAAAACAAGCAGUGUGAUGUAGACAUAGUUGAUGUAGCCUAUUACUUGGAAAAAGAUGUAAAAGGUGACUCUGUAUUUCAUUCUGACAGUACAUUACACGUCUCUGUUAAUGGAAAAGAUCUGGCUAUUGAAAAUAUACGUAUUUACUAUGUUGAUGAGAAGCCACCAGUGUUUAGCAUGAAGCAACUGCUUGGUGAUGUCAGUGCUGUGGUGGCAAUGGUGAUUCUGCCUGCUGGUUUUGCCAUUAUUUUGGCGAUUAUUCUGUGCCAGCGGAGAAAAUACAAAAAAAUUAAGAUGGAAAGGAUGACGGAAACAGAAGAGCCAAUUUUACAGUCAUUGUAAUCUGAAAAAAAAAGAAUCAAACUGCAACUUCAGCAACCGGGCAGAGGUGGGGGGGGCGCAAAAUAAGAAGCAUGAGCAGACUCUAUGUGUGUGGAUGUAUUUGGAGUUGUCUCCCAUUUUCUAGAAACUGACAAAGCACUCGGUUUGAAUUAUUCUACUUCAGAAAAAACAACUUCUCUUUGGGUAUAAAUUAAUCUAGGAGUUGGUUACUAAAAUCUGGGACUGAAAGUCUCAGUUCAGAAGCUACAAAAAGUGUAAUAGAUAUUCUGUACAGAUAGAGCAUACGUGCACUUGUACUGCAGAACUUGCUUGCUUGCUUAAUAUUUAAGCCAAGGCUCCAUAUGUGUUUGCUUAGAGCAAAAUAAUAAUAGCAAUAAAAAUGUUUAAAAUGUCU